GAACGCCAUUAACAAUAUUUUUUUACCUCGAAUUUGUUCAGCUCUUGUUGUCUCUUCCUAAAUCCCAGGACAAAUGGCUGGAAAAACUGUAAAAUCUGUAGCAAAAGCAGUUGGGGAAUAUCAAUAUCCAUGGCAAGAAAAGUUGGUAAAAUACAAGGAUGAGCUUUCAAAGGGAGUUUCGGGUUACUGGGAGCUUGGAGCCUGGAAACCUCUUGGGAUUAGUGCUCGCCAUCGAGCUCGUCUCCGCAAGAAAGUUGUUCUUGCUGGACAAGAUUGUCCAUACGAUCCAGCGAGAAAGGAAAUGAGAACAAAGCAGAAAGGGCACAAGUGUGACAGAAUAUCAGCAGAAAAAGGGGCAAAGACAGCUGAACUGAUGCAAAAAAUGCCUGAAAUGUUGGCUGAUUAUAGGAAGAGAAAGUGGGAAAGGAAAAUGAAAGCAGAAGAAGAUGUUGCCAGAAAAUCACUGCAGGAAUAGGUUUUACAUGGGAAUGGGAUCCUUUCUUUUUCGACAACAUAAUGGACCAAAGAUUUCCUGCUCACUUGCCUUGGUUCUCUUUUUGUUCUGUAUUUUCAAACUGUAGCAAUCGGCAUUAUUUGCCUUGCUAUUAGAUGUGGGUUAAUAACUAGUGUUUUGUUUUUCUUCAUAUGAUCUUAUAAUGAAAACAAACAAAAAGAUGUUUAUGGAGCAUAUCGAGUAGUUAAGUUGUUGUUAGUCUAAUAAGUUUAAAUAUUAGAUUAGAUGAGCAAAUG